AUGAAGAUGCAGACAAAGAAAUCGAGCGCAGCUCAAAAAGCGUGGAACAUCCUCCGUCUAGCCUUGCUAUGGGCAAGAAAAGGAGGAGUUUUCGAAAUCAGGAGACUCAUGAUGGACCUUCGUCUCUUCCCCAAAUUCCUCAAAACCCUAGCUCACUCCGCCACCUCUCGCCGCCGCAGCGCCACCGCCAUUCAUUACGGCGAACGCCAGCUUUCCUUCGAUAACACCCCCAUUAUCCACGUCAAGAUGCACCGCCCUUCCUCGAUGCGUUUCAAGAUGCCUCGCAUCCCUUGCAUAAAUCAUCCGCAAGUCGAUUUUGAUUACGAUUUCGAGUCCAAUGGUGACAAUGACUAUGUCGUGAAUUGUGAUUGUAUUGAUGAUGAUGAUGGAGCAAGGAAGAGUUUCUUAAAAAGUGGAGAUGAAAUUGAUCGCAAGGUUUGCGAAGAGAUGAUUGUUGCUUGUGAUGAUGAAGGAAUUGAUAUCAAAGCAGAGCAGUUCAUAGCUAAAUUCUAUGAGCAAAUGAAGAUGCAGAGACAGGUUUCAUAUUUACAGUACAAUGAGAUGAUUAACAGAGGCACAAGUUGA